UCUAGGAAACAGCUACGUGCGCCGAGAUAGCACUCACGGCAGUCUCGCCUUACAUCGAGCAGAGAUGGCCAGGCAUCACAAGGAACUCGUGCACAACGUCGUCGAGGCGAACUCGCAGGAUCUCUGGAAGUUGAGUCGCUUCAUCUGGGCGCAUCCGGAACUCGCAUUCAACGAGGUGCAAUGCCACGACUGGCUCACGGACUUCUUGGAACGGCGUGGCUUCAGCGUGAAGCGGCGUUACCUCCUGGACACGGCCUUCAAAGCGGAAUUCGAAGCUCCCGGUGGCGCCGAAGGGCCGUGCGUGGCCUUGCUGUGCGAGUACGACGCUCUGCCCGACAUCGGCCACGCCUGCGGCCACAACCUGAUCGCCGAGGCCUCCGUGGGCGCUGCGCUGGCUCUGAGCGAGGCCAUGAAGACCCACAAGGACAUUGGCGGCAAAGUGGUUGUACUAGGCACGCCGGCGGAGGAAAGCAACUGCGGUAAGGAGCUGCUGAUACGAAAGGGCGCCCUGGAGGGCGUCGACGCGGUGCUCAUGGCGCAUCCAGCUCCAGAUGACACGUUGGCAAUCGGCUCCGCUGCGACGCAGCAGCUGUCACUCCGCUUCAAAGGCAAAACAGCCCAUGCCGGAGCAUGGCCGUGGGAGGGAGUGAGCGCCCUGGACGCUGCUGUCGCUUCGUACGUCAACGUCAGCCUCCUCCGACUGCAGCUGAAGCCGACUACUAGGAUUCAUGGCGUCAUCACUGAAGGCGGCAAGUGCCCGAACGUGAUCCCCGAGGAGACGGAGAUGUGCUUCACCGUUCGGGCCCCGAGUGCCGAGGAACUGGCCCAGCUCCUGCGGAAGGUGGAGCCCUGCUUCAGAGCAGCGGCCGACGCCACGGGAUGCUCCCUGGACAUGGAGAAGAAGUUGCCGUACAUGAACCUCGUGCACAAUGCUGCCAUCGCGGAAACCUACCGAAAGCACGCCCACGCAUUCGGCGUGUCCUUCCUGGAUGACGUCAAGAACCUGCCGCCUUCGGGAGGUGCCACGGACUGCGGCAACGUGUCGUACCGGGUGCCCGCCAUCCACCCCAUGUUCGCCGUUCCCGCCGCUAAGGGAUCGGGGAACCACACGCGAGGUUUCGCCACCGUAGCCAACGCCGCGGACUCGCAGCCGCCCACGUUGAGGGUGGCCAAAGUCCUGGCACUGACGGUGCUCGAUCUGCUCACGGACGCCGAGCUGCUGCGCGAGGCGAAGCGGGAGUUUGCCGCUCUACAACUACCGUCGGAAGAGGAGCUGCAAUCUGCUCUGUCAUAAAAUGAGAGUGCAAGCCGCUACGCAUACGUUUUAACGCUUUAAGCUGGAUUCGCUCUACGGGCCGAUCCGCUGACUCAAAUUUCGCUGACCAGCGUGACACCAUGGCUGAGCGUCGACGAGCGUCCCCUAGGUGCUGCUUGAUUUGCUGACACUGGGUCACAUCAUGCUCCUCCGCGGAGCGGAUUGGCAAUCCAGUUGUCGUGUUACGGUCGGAGGAAUGCAGCGCAUGUGCGAUGGACUGGAGUAGGUGCGCGAUAUGGCCUGCUCAAGGAAGCUUGUUGCUCCAUAUUGCCGCAACUCUCCGGCGGCGUUGCGAGCCAAACUUUUCUUUAGUUUAACUGCAGCCCUUUUACCUUCUCCGCUCGAUGGCAGCCACGGUCUCAUUGGAGAGAUUUAGG